AUACUCCCCAUCUGUCACUCCCACUCUGCAAAAAUAACUCCAAACCGUAUCCCCCUACCACAUCCGUCGAACUCGCCCAGGAUGAUGAGGACGACGUCGCUCCUCGCGGUGGCGUUUCUGUUGCUGUGGGCUUAUGGAGGGGCGGAGGGAAGGAAGGUGAGGAGAUUGGACGCGCUGGAGUACGCGGCGAUGAGUUGCCGAGCGCACAGCGCGUCGGUGACCGAUUACGGGGCCGUCGGGGACGGCGCGACGUCGAACACCAAGGCCUUCCAGGCCGCCGUGGAUCAGCUGAGCCAGUUCGCGUCCGACGGCGGCGUCCAGCUGUACGUCCCCGCGGGGAGGUGGCUGACGGGGAGCUUCAGCCUCGUCAGCCACUUCACGCUCUACCUCCACCGCGACGCCGUUCUCCUGGCUUCUCAGGACAUGACAGAGUGGCCUGUGCUCAAACCAUUGCCAUCCUAUGGCAGAGGAAGGGAUGCAGCUGCCGGGAGGUAUCAAAGCCUCGUCUUCGGCACCAAUCUCACUGAUGUUAUCGUCACCGGGGACAAUGGGACUAUCGACGGUCAAGGCGCCUUCUGGUGGCAGAAGUUCCAUGGCGGCAAGCUGAAAUACACCCGCCCCUACCUGAUCGAGUUCAUGUACUCCGAUACCAUCCAGAUCUCGAACUUGACCCUCCUCAAUUCACCAUCCUGGAAUGUUCACCCUGUCUAUAGCAGUAACAUUCUUGUGCAAGGCAUCACCAUUCUCGCCCCGGUCAAGUCCCCGAACACCGACGGGAUCAAUCCAGAUUCAUGCACAAAUGUGAGGAUAGAAGACUGCUACAUAGUCUCAGGGGAUGAUUGCGUCGCGGUCAAGAGCGGAUGGGGCGAGUACGGCAUCGCUUUUGGAAUGCCGACGCAGCAACUCGUGAUCCGAAGGCUCACGUGCAUUUCGCCCUACAGUGCUACCAUCGCCCUCGGCAGCGAAAUGUCCGGAGGAAUCCGAGACAUUAGAGCUGAAGACAUUGUCGCCAUCGACACCGAAUCGGGCAUAAGGAUCAAGACCGCCGUAGGAAGAGGAGCCUAUGUCAAGGACAUCUAUGUGAAAAGGAUGACUAUGCACACCAUGAAAUGGGCUUUCAAAAUGGAUGGCGAUUACAAAUCGCAUCCAGACGGCCAUUACGAUCCGAACGCACUCCCGGUGAUCCAGAACAUCAACUAUAGGGACAUGGUGGCCGAAAAUGUCGGCGUCGCCGCUAGAUUCGACGGAAUCACGGGGGAUACAUUCACCGGAAUUUGCAUCGCGAACGUGACGCCGGGCAUGACCGCCAAGCACAAGAAGUACCCAUGGACUUGCACAGACGUCCAAGGGAUGACAAGUGGGGUCACGCCGCCCCCGUGCGACUCAUUGCCGGACCAGGGGCCGGAGAAGAUUACGGCUUGCGAUUUUCCGGCCGAUACUCUGCCUAUUGAUGAAGUAGAACUCAAGCAAUGUAGUAACAGGAUAAAUUACUUCUGAGUUCUCAUAAACUCAUGUUACAAUAUAUCUGCCUUUCUAAUAGAAAAGCUUCUCUCUGAA